AAAAAUUAUUUAACAAAUUUUUUUUCUAAAGAUUUUGGGUAGAAGCAUAAAAUAAAUACAAAUUUGUUUUAAUGUAUUCAUCGAAUACGCUGUUUCGUCACUAUCCCCUCAGGCUUAAGGAGCACGUCUGUCGUUUUGAAAAGGUAGCUAUUUCUACGGUCAUCUCUCCGAAUGAAAUAAAUAAGAAAAUAAUCAAACUGCCGGCGAGCUAUGAGUCAACUCGUCCUACCUCUCGUAUCCUUUAUGCAGCACAACAUCACAUAAAUAUACGAUCGCUGCAUAAUGACAAAUCGGAAAAAAGUGGCGAAGAAUCACGAGCACCUACACCUGCCGACUUAGAUCAUGUAUUUAAUGUUUUAGCUGAAACGUUGCCCAGACUUUUCAUUCAACCAUUGGAUUAUUCCAUCUACAGUCCAAAUUUGGAAUUUCAAAACAACAUUACGGGAAAACACACUGUAGGCCUCUAUCAUUAUGUGAAGCAGAUUGCUUUGUUACGCACAGUGGGCCAUUUGAAAUAUGCUUACGUGCGGUUCGAGAUUUUGAGAAUCACCAAACAUCUUGACAACUACACUAUUAAGAUACGAUGGCGUGUACGAGGCAUUUCUGGCCUAAAAGUGAUGUUCAAUUUUUGGAAAUAUAGAUUAUGGGAUAUAAAAGGUGUUUUCGAUAACCAGGAAGCAUGGUACGACGGCUUUUCCAUAUGUUAUUUAGGUGAAAACGGUCUGAUAUAUAAACAUGUCGUUGAUAGAGUAAUGCCGGAUGAAUCACGUGAAGCCGUUGAUCAAUCAGGGUUAGUAGAACCUACUGCAAUGGCAGUCCCAUCAAAAUUGAAUUGUUCCUCUCAAAAUACUGACCGUAAGAGCCAACUUAAAAAAAAACAUCUGUUAUAAAAUCUUCGAUCGUUCAUCAUACUGAUUAGUGCUUAAAUAAUUAUAU